GCUCGCUCACCUCCAAUAGCCCCACACGUGCGCGCUUGUUGCGCUCCUAUUUUUCUUGAGUUUUUGAAUAAAAAGUGUGCUUUAAAUCAGCCAAAAUGGGUUCCAAGAGGCCGCAGGAUGUACACAUGUUCCCCUCGGACUUGGAGUUUGCCGUAUUUACCGAUCAGGAGAUCCGUAAAUUAAGUGUAGUGAAGGUGAUUACGGGCAUAACGUUCGAUGCCCUGGGACACGCUAUGCCCGGUGGUCUUUACGACGUCAGAAUGGGCUCAUACGGCCGGUGCAUGGACCCGUGCGGGACAUGUCUCAAGAUGCAGGACUGUCCGGGACACAUGGGCCACAUUGAGCUGGGCACGCCCGUCUACAAUCCGUUCUUUAUUAAAAUAGUGCAGCGACUACUCGGAAUAUUCUGUUUGCACUGCUAUAAGUUGCAAAUGAAGGACCACGAAUGCGAGAUCAUCAUGCUUCAGUUGCGUCUUAUCGAUGCUGGCUACAUCAUUGAGGCCCAGGAUCUGGAGCUCUUUAAGUCUGAGAUUGUGUGCCAGAAUUCCGACGAUCUCGUGUCCCUGAAAAACGGCGACCUGGUGCAUCCAAACAUUGCCGCAAUGUACAAGCUGCUGGAAAAGGACGAGAAAAACGCCAGCAACUCAACUAAGACGAGCUGCUCCCUUCGGACGGCCAUCACGCAUUCGGCACUGCAGAGAGCGGGCAAAAAAUGCAGGCACUGCAAUAAAUCCAUGCGUUCUGUACGCUACAUGCAUCGCAGAUUGGUAUUUUAUGUCACCAAAGCCGAUAUCAAGGAGCGUGUUGGUGGUGCCUCCGAAACCAGUGGUCAGAACAAGGUUAUCUUUGCAGACGAAUGCCGUCGAUAUCUUCGCGAGAUUUACGCCAAUUACCCGCAGUUGUUGAAGCUAUUGGUGCCUGUUUUGGCACUGAGCAACUCAGAUGCGUUGGAGGGCAAUCGGUCGCCCGUGGACCUCUUCUUUAUGGACACCAUACCGGUGACGCCGCCACGCGCUCGUCCCAUGAACAUGGUCGGCGACAUGCUGAAAGGCAAUCCACAAACAGACAUCUAUAUCCACAUCAUCGAGAACAACCAUGUGCUGAAUGUGGUUCUCAGGUACAUGAAGGGCACCCAGGAAAAGCUAUCGGAUGAAGCAAGAGCUGCCUAUCAGAACCUGAAGGGUUCGUCUGCCCACGAGAAGUUGUACAACGCUUGGCUGGCUCUCCAAACUUCAGUGGAUGUGCUUCUUGACGUGAACAUGUCUCGAGAAAUGAAAUCGGCUGAGGGUCUGAAGCAAAUUAUUGAAAAGAAAGAUGGCCUUAUCCGCAAGCAUAUGAUGGGCAAGCGUGUGAACUACGCCGCUCGUACUGUCAUUACCCCGGAUCCUAAUAUAAACGUGGAUGAGAUCGGUAUUCCUGAUAUUUUCGCGAGGAAAUUAUCGUAUCCGGUGCCUGUUACCGAGUGGAAUGUUACCGAGCUGCGCAAGAUGGUAAUGAACGGUCCAGAUGUGCACCCCGGCGCCAACUACAUCCAGGACAAAAAUGGCUUCACCACCUACAUCCCAGCCGAUAAUGCAGCCAAACGGGCAAGUUUGGCCAAGCUGCUACUGUCAAAUCCGAAAGAUGGCGUAAAGAUUGUCCAUCGGCACGUGCUAAAUGGUGAUGUUCUGCUGCUCAACCGUCAGCCCUCGCUGCAUAAGCCAUCCAUCAUGGCCCACAAGGCCCGCAUCCUCCAUGGCGAGAAGACCUUCCGGCUGCAUUACUCAAAUUGUAAGGCGUACAACGCUGAUUUCGAUGGUGACGAAAUGAACGCUCACUAUCCGCAGAGUGAAGUGGCCAGAGCAGAGGCAUACAACCUAGUGAACGUAGCCAGCAACUAUCUGGUGCCCAAGGACGGCACUCCGUUGGGUGGACUUAUUCAGGAUCACGUCAUUUCGGGUGUAAAGCUUUCGAUUCGAGGAAGGUUCUUCAACCGCGAGGACUACCAGCAACUGGUCUUCCAGGGCCUCUCGGACCACAAGAAGAAUGUUAAGCUUCUGCCACCGGCCAUAAUAAAACCAGCUAAGCUUUGGUCCGGAAAGCAGGUGUUGUCUACGAUCAUUAUCAACCUAAUUCCCGAGGGCUAUGAAAGAAUUAAUCUGGAUUCGUUUGCCAAGAUUGGUGGCAAGAACUGGAACGUGACCCGUCCACGGCCUCCAAUUUGCGGAACGAACCCCCAGGAAAACGAGCUAAGCGAAAGCCAAGUCCAAAUCAGAAAAGGAGAACUGCUCGUUGGUGUACUCGACAAACAGCAAUAUGGAGCCACCACUUUCGGUUUGAUUCACUGCAUGUAUGAGUUGUAUGGCGGCGAAGUUUCCACUCGCCUGCUAACUGCGUUUACAAAAGUAUUUACCUUCUUCCUGCAACUGGAGGGAUUUACUUUGGGUGUAAAGGAUAUUCUAGUGUCCAGCGAGGCGGAUCGCAAGAGGAGAAAGAUCAUUCGCGAGUGUCGCAAUGUGGGAAACAGCGCAGUGUCUUCUGCUCUAGAGUUAGAAGAGGAGCCGGAGCACGACGAGUUGGUUGAAAAAAUGGAGGAGGCCUAUGUCAAGGAUCCUAAGUUCCGAGUGCUCUUGGAUCGCAAAUACAAAUCAAUCUUGGAUGGCUACACAAAUGACAUAAAUAAAACCUGUCUGCCCGGUGGACUGAUUACAAAGUUCCCCUCGAACAAUCUGCAACUGAUGGUUCUAUCAGGAGCCAAGGGAUCUAUGGUGAACACUAUGCAGAUCUCCUGUCUGUUGGGACAAAUUGAGUUGGAGGGAAAGCGACCGCCCCUGAUGAUAUCCGGCAAAUCGCUUCCCAGUUUUACUUCGUUUGAGACAUCGCCCAAGUCGGGAGGUUUUAUUGAUGGACGCUUCAUGACGGGCAUUCAGCCCCAGGACUUUUUCUUCCAUUGCAUGGCAGGUCGAGAAGGUCUUAUUGAUACUGCUGUAAAGACAUCUCGCUCUGGUUACCUGCAGCGUUGCCUGAUUAAGCAUUUAGAGGGUUUGAGUGUGCAUUAUGAUCUCACUGUCCGCGACAGUGAUAAUAGUGUGGUGCAGUUCCUCUACGGCGAGGACGGACUGGAUAUUCUGAAGUCUAAGUUCUUUAACGACAAGUUCUGUGCAGAUUUCCUUACACAAAAUGCUACAACCAUCUUGCGUCCCAGUCAACUGCAAUUGAUGAAGGACGAGGAGGGUCUGGCCAAGGUGCAGCGCCACGAAAAGCACAUCCGCAGUUGGAACAAGAAGAAACCCGCCAAACUGCGCUCAGCUUUCACUCACUUUUCCGAGGAACUGCGCGAGGAUGUGGAAGUGAGGCGACCCAAUGAGAUCAACGCUAAGACUGGUCGCCGCCGUUUCGACGAGGGUUUGCUCAAGUUGUGGAAGAAGGCGGAUGCCGAGGAUAAGGCUCUGUAUCGUAAAAAGUACGCCCGCUGUCCGGAUCCCUCGGUGGCCGUCUACAAGCAGGAUAUUUACUACGGCAGUGUGUCGGAGAGGACGCGGAAACUAAUCGAUGAUUAUGCCAAGAGGAAACCAGAACUUAAGGAGACCAUAGCCGACAUCAUGAGGGUUAAGACCAUUAAGGCAUUGGCAUCGCCUGGCGAACCUGUGGGCUUGAUUGCCGCUCAAUCGAUAGGAGAACCUUCCACUCAGAUGACACUGAACACUUUCCAUUUUGCGGGUCGUGGUGAAAUGAACGUAACACUGGGUAUUCCUCGACUGCGAGAGAUUCUCAUGCUGGCCUCUUCGAACAUCAAGACCCCUUCAAUGGAUAUUCCCAUAAAAGCUGGUCAGCAGCAUCAGGCGGAAAAGCUGCGGGUCAAUCUGAAUUCUGUGACUCUGGCAAAUCUUUUGGAGUCUGUUCACAUCAGCACCAGUUUGGUACUGGAGCCAGAGCGAGCCUACGAGUAUGAGAUGCGCUUCCAAUUUCUGCCUAGGGCGGUCUACAAAGACGAUUAUGGUGUGCGACCCAAGCAAAUCAUCAAAUACAUGCACCAAACCUUCAUCAAGCAGCUUAUUCGGGCUAUUCUUAAGGUGUCGAACGCCGUAAAGACAACGAAAAUUGUCGUAAUAGAUGACAAAAAGGAAACUGAGAAAGAUGAUGAUAAUGAUUUGGACAACGCCGAUGAUGCCGCUCGUCCAAAAGCAGGAGAUAACGAUGAUGAUUCAUCUGAUAACGACGGUGAUGACGAUGCGACCGGCGUGAAACUCAAGCAACGCAAAACCGACGAAAAGGACUACGACGAUCCCGAUGACGCUGAAGAGCUUCACGAUGCUAAUGACGACGACGAAGAGGCCGAUGAUCAGGACGAGGAGGAAAAGGGCCAGGAUGGAAAUGAAAACGAUGGCGAUGACAAGUCGGUGGAAAGGCUGCUCAGCAACGAUAUGGUCAAGGGUUACACCUACGACAAGGAGAAUCACCUGUGGUGCCAGGUCAAUCUCAGUCUAAGUGUGCGAUACCAGAAGCCCGAUCUGACCUCCAUCAUCCGUGAGUUGGCGGGCAAGAGUGUGGUGCACCAGGUGCAGCACAUCAAGCGUGCCAUUAUCUACAAGGGCAGCAACGAUGAGCAGCUGCUGAAGACCGAUGGCAUCAACAUUGGCGAGAUGUUCCAGCACAACAAGAUUCUCGACCUGAAUCGCCUGUACUCCAACGAUAUCCAUGCCAUCGCCAGGACUUACGGCAUCGAGGCUGCCUCCCAGGUGAUUGUGAAGGAAGUGAGCAACGUGUUCAAGGUCUACGGCAUCACGGUGGAUCGCCGGCACUUGUCGCUAAUCGCUGAUUACAUGACCUUCGACGGCACCUUCCAGCCGCUGUCCAGGAAGGGCAUGGAGCACUCCUCUUCGCCUCUGCAGCAGAUGUCCUUCGAGUCCAGUUUGCAGUUCCUGAGAAGCGCCGCCGGAUUCGGCAGGCCGGAUGAGCUCAACUCCCCGUCGAGUCGCUUGAUGGUGGGCCUUCCAGUCAGAAAUGGCACUGGUGCCUUUGAGUUGCUGACGAAAAUAUGUUAAUCAUUUGUUGUAAAAAUAAUAGAAUUUUGAAACUUUUUUAAUAAACAUACCAUAAUGUUUGAAAAGA